AUGACCGCAUCACAUUGGAGCGAGAGAGAGAGAGAGAGAGAGAGAGAGAGAGAGAGAGAGAGAGAGAGAGAGAGAGAGAGAGAGAGAGAGAGAGAGAGGGAUCGGAUCAAGAAGAAGCUUUUGUUUGACCAGUCCGCCCAAGUUCUCAAACUUCUAUUCAAGGUUAUCGUCAAUCUGCUAAUCGCAAGUGUGGCGCGGUACAGGGCAAGUCGGAAUGGCUUGCCAGAGCGACGUCCCCCUCAUUAUCCCGUGUCGUCGAGUGACUCGCGCAGGACGUCUACUCGGCCAUCUGUGCGUUCUUUCAACGCAUCCUUCCCCCGUCCUCCCAGCUAUGAUCACCACUCCUUCGCCACCACGAGUGCGCGCACACCGCGCACCCUGCCCAGCUCCUCCUCUGCUCGGGCGUCAGCCAACGUGCCUCCCUUCGGUGUAGCUGAUCGGCUGUCAAAUUCCACGUUCUAUCCGUCAUUGGCCACUCAAGCCAAUACAAAUACAGGCGAAGAUUUUGCUUUUCAACGAGCGCUGCAGGAGUCACAGCAAGAGGACGCGUCCACAAACGGCCAGUACGAUGAUGAGGACAUAGCCCUUCAGCAGGCCCUUCUCGAGUCGCAACAUCAGAUGCCAACAGGCAGAGCUGAGUUUGCAAGCCCGGGCAGCGAUAGCGAAGAUGCCGAUCUGCAGCAAGCGCUUCGCGAGUCACAGCAAGAAGGUGACGAGAUCAUGGCCCGCCAGUUGGCUGAGGAAGACUUUCAGGCGGCCCGGUCUCGUGAGGCCGAAAAGCAGCGCUUGGCAUCUGUGCAGGCGGCUCAGCCCGCGCCCCCGGCUUAUACUCCAGGUCUCGUAGAUUCUGACACAAUCGUUGAGCAAGCGAUGCGGGAGAGUCCGGCCGCCAUGUUUGGUGAUAGGGGACCCGACGCAGAUGCCGACACCAACUUGACCAUUUCUGUCGUGAACGAGGCGGAUAGUGCUGCAGGUUCAGACUCCUCUAGCAAGUGGCAGCUACCGCGAGCCACGACUGUACGGGCACUCAAGCACAUGUGCGAAGCUGUCUUUCAUGUGCCUGUGCAGCAGCAGAACUUGAUUGGGUUUGAUGUGGAUGUGCCCCCGCUCGACUCUCAUCGUUUGCAGAAUCUGAUCAAUCCGGAGACGCGAGAGCUACAUCUUUUGUUAUUACGCAUCCCAGAGGAUGAAGUGCCUGAUUUGGAAGCCAGUAACGACAGCAUGCCUUCCCAUGCGGCCAGCGGUCACCCCAAUAGGGUCUUGGCCGACGAGCAGCAAGCCUCCAGCAGUAUCUUUCCGGCCAUUCCCCAGGUCUCAGGUGACCCACCACGUCUUUCUUCUCUGUCACGCUUCGAGGCGCAGCCGGUCCUGGAUACCACGUUUGACCCUUUUCGCCCAGGCGGCUGGGUUCAAGACUCAUGGGCGGAUGACGAAUCCGUGGCUGCAGCCACGUUGCCACGCGAGCAGGCCAACGUGCGCGAUUUAGAGGCGGCAUUCUUGCAUCGGGAAGAGGAGGACAUGCCAAGCGAGGGCGAAUUCCUGCUACCCGAUUCAGAGAGCAACGGGAAUGCCCGUGCAUUUGCCAGCGCCUUUGAAGCGCAGCAUGGGCCAUUUCCCAGUUUUAUGCGCGGCGACUUUUCUCAAGCUGUGCGAGAGGCGCGGCGGCAGCAGCGACCUCUGGCUGUCUACGUGCACGAUGAUCGUGAAGUGGAUUCGGCCGCUGCGCUGGAUCAAUUGACGCACGAGCACGUCUCGAUGGUACUCAGCUCCUAUUUUGUGCUCUGGGGCCACGACUUCAGUCGCCACGAGGCGCGCCAGCACCUCUUUGACACGACCCGCGACACAGUGGCAGUGGUAGAGGGCUUGACAGGCGAGCUGCCGGCUCUUUUGAUUUUGACACCACACGGCAGCAUCUUCAGCUUUGCUCGUGCCUUCCGCGUGGGGCACAUGUCGCCCCUCACUUUGGCAACCGAACUGACCGAGGUAGCCCUUCUCUAUCAGGAGACGGUCGCCCAGGCCCCUUCGCAAAGCGUAGAGAGCCUGGAUCGGCAAGAUUUGGUAGCCGAGCAGGAUGAGGCUUAUAUGGCCUCGCUGCGUGAAGACCAAGCCAAGGCGGCUGAGCGCGAGCGCCUCGAGGCCGAAGCGGAGCGUGAUCGCCAGCGCCUCGAGGCUGAGUCGGAAGCCAUGCGCCGUGCUGAGGUCGCUGCAGAGGAAGCGGCAGCAGCACGUGCAGAAACGCAUGCCCAACAAUUGCGGGACGAACCCGCCGGCAAUGACAAAUCGGCCUUCACGAUCAAGUUUCAGCUGCCUUCGGGCACAGUGACACGCCGUUUUUAUGCCGAUGCGACAGUCCGGGAGCUCUUUGAUUUUGUGGGUUCCCUUAAUCUGGGUGACGUUGCUCAUUGCAUUUUGAAGGAUCCGAGGGCGAAUCAAGCAGUGAUCAAAGACGUGACGCGUUGGUUGCAUGGCGCUGGGAGUUUCGCUCUGACUUGUGGCAGCCAAGUGCCACCGAGAGCAGAGCCAAGCAGUCGUCUGUAG